CUACGCGUGCAGACGCACCAUGGCGUUGUACAGGUCUGUGUGACAGGCAGGCAGGUUAGCAUCAGAAUAACACCUCCGGACUGACGAGUCUGCGCACUGCAAUCUGCUCUCAGCAACGGUGGGGUGACAAAACAAGGAUGGGGUCCCGAAUCAAGGAAAGCCCCGAGUCCACAUUUGAGGUGUAUCUGGAAGUGGCCCACCCAGGCACACACAGCUCUGGGCCAGAGACGCGGAGGAAGUACCCUGAAGACUACACAGACCAGGAAACUCUUCAGACUGUGCCUAAGUUCUGCUUCCCCUUCCGGAUGGACAGCCUGACAGUCAACCAGGUCGGCCAAAACUUCACGUUUGUGUUGACUGACAUUGAGAGCAAACAGAGAUUUGGCUUCUGUCGCCUGUCCUCAGGUGCACACACCUGUUACUGCAUUCUCAGUUAUCUGCCCUGGUUUGAGGUCUUCUACAAGCUGCUUAAUAUCCUUGCAGAUUACACUGUCAAAGGCCAGGAAAGCGAAUGGCAGGAGCUUCUGGUGUCACUAUAUACGCUCCCGAUCCCUGAGCCUGGAGUCCCUGUUCACCUCGGCGUGCAUUCCUUCUUCACUGUGCCUAAUUCAAGCGAACUACCCAGCAUACCAGAGAAUAGAAACCUAACAGAAUACUUUGUAGCAGUAGAUGUCAAUAACAUGCUUCAUCUGUACGCUAGUAUGCUUUAUGAACGUCGAAUCCUCAUCUGCUGUAGCAAACUAAGCACUUUAACAGCUUGCGUCCAUGGCUCUGCGGCCAUGUUAUAUCCAAUGCACUGGCAACAUGUUUACAUUCCUGUCCUGCCUCAACAUUUGUUAGACUACUGCUGUGCCCCAAUGCCCUUCCUCAUUGGAGUGCAUUCCAGUCUGAUGGAGAAAGUUCGAGGGAUGGCUCUGGAUGAUGUGGUGGUCUUAAAUGUGGACACAAACACACUGGAAUCCCCUUACGAUGACCUCCAAAGCCUGCCCAAUGAUGUGGUUUCUUCUUUAAAAAGUCGUUUGAAGAAGGUUUCAGCAACGACGGGGGACUAUGUGGCGCGAGCCUUCCUCAAGAGUCAAGCGGCUCUGUUCGGCAGCUACAGACACGCCCUGCAAAUUGAGUCAGGAGAGCCUAUAACAUUUAGUGAGGAAAUCUUUAUAAACCAUCGUUCCAGUGCCAUGAGGCAGUUCCUUCAGAAUGCCAUUCAACUACAGCUCUUCAAACAGUUCAUUGAUGGCCGCUUGGACCUGCUGAACUCAGGAGAGGGGUUCAGUGACAUGUUUGAGGAGGAGAUCAACAUGGGUGAAUAUGCAGGCAGUGACAAGACCUACCAUCAGUGGCUGUUCACUGUGAAGAAAGGAGGAGGGGCUAUCUUCAACACAGUGAAGACCAAGGCUAAUCCGGCCAUGAAGACCGUUUACAAGUUUGCGAAGGACCAUGCAAAAAUGCGUAUCAAGGAAGUCAAGAGCCGGUUGAAGCAAAAGGAGCAGUCAGAAAAUGGUUUGUCCAGUGGAGGGCCAGCGGUCAUCGACGAUGAUGGUACAGCAGGAUUCACCCCCUCCAGCGGUGCAGUCAGGAGGGAGGGAUCGCUGGGAACCUGGGACGACCAUAGGCCAAUCACUGUGCACUUAGGACAGGCUCGGCCACCAGUGCUCUUGAAGAGACCAAGCAGCAAUGUGAGUCUGGAAAGCAGCAUUGACCACUCUAUCCGUCCUACUCGUCACUACACAGUCUUUCUGUCGGAGGAUUCGUCUGGAGACGAGCUCCAAUACGACGAUGACUCCAUCUCUGGGUUUCCUGACAGCUUUCUCUUCUCCGUCCCUUUUGAGUGGUCGCCUCUGCCGCAGCCAUACCGCUCCCUGAAGGAGGUUGAGCUGAUAGACAGGGACGAUCCUGGUUUUGGGGCAGAAAGCUACACUGCACCACCCAGCCCAGUUACUGAGAAAUUUUCCAAUGUUAACCUUCUGGGUGACAUUUUUGGCUGCCAAGAUGAGCCUGACAGCCAACCAAUCACCUUGGCUAAAAGCCUCGAAGACCUGAGGACUCCCAAAGACUCUGAUGAUCUACAAGCCAAGUUCACUUACCAGCGGAUGGACCUGAGUAUUGGUGAACACUCGCGUACACUUCCAGGCCUCAAGCUCUCCAACCCUUACAACAAGCUGUGGAGUUCAGGGCGGGACGAUUUAGUCUUGCCUAUUUGUCCUACCUUUGAUAGACAUCUGACUGUCCAACAUCCUGUACAGGCUGACGCCCAGUCCCCGGGCCAUGGGAGUUCUGGCACAGGUCCUGACCCUUUGGACCCUUCCAUCCCUAGCAACAUCACUAUACCCCGUCCCCACGGAAGAAAGACUCCUGAACUUGGUAGUGUCCUAGCACCCCCUGUGGCCCAGUCACGCUCUAAGCCAGCGGGGGCUGGUGAAGGAAGGACUACAACAGGGGGACAAGAGUUUAGGCAAGCUCUGAGCAUGACCACAGAUAAAGACCUGCUCAGGCCCACCAAAGCUACUGGGGACAGUUUAGAUCUGAUAAGCCUCCUAGACCCCCUUAACAACUCAGCACAGACCAGCUCAUCUGUACCAACUGACCAGGUAGAUACUGGUAUGUCGUCUUCAUGCAAACCAGCACUGCCACCCAGGUCCUACCCUCAGGGCUUGCCUCCUUUCCCACUACAUCCUCACAUAUCGUUGAACCCUUUUGCCCAGUCUUUGCAGCACUACUCACCGAUUGUAAGUGGUAAUCCCUUCAAUGCAGUCUACGGGCCUCCGUCAGGCUACUUGCACACCUUAGCCCAGCCUCAAUCAUUUUCUACACUACCUGGGCUCUACAAGCAGCAUUCACCAGGCAGUUCCAACCUGCAUCCCAAUUAUGGACCUCUCCCGUCAGCCUUCCCCUCCUCCGUUACCUCCCUGCCACAGUCCUCUGCCAGCAAUCACACUAUUUCCAGCCUCUUGGACUCCACCUCUGUCCCCAGUACAGCUAUGAACAUACUGGCAAAGCCUCUUCUCGAUGAGGGAGAGAGCCAGAAGCCGCAAGAUCCUUUUGGGGACCUGCUGACUAUGGCCAGACCGGCUACACCCCCAAAAAAGAAGAUGGAGGACCAUCGAAGGAAGUGGGAAACAUUUGACUAAAACCUAUAUAUCUAUUAUGCUCCUCUGAGGUGCCCCUCUCUGUCACUUUUCUCACUUCUCUAUCAGGACCAUCUGCUGCUUUUAAUGGCGUGUUAGCGCUCAUGCUGUGUGCUAUGCUUAUGCAACUCACAGUUGUAGAAGAAUAUUUACUUAAACUGAGAUUAAAGACAUGCUGAGGAAAGCAACAUGAGAGUUCUGUCAGAAUGUUCCUGAUCCCCUAUUCCAAAAUUCAGUAUAUAUUUUUUUUAUUUUUAUACACUUUAAAACCAGAAUAAGAGACAGAACUGUAGGUGACACCUGUGGGUGAUGCCAGUUAACCACUACAAGCUUUAUGUCAGAAUUUAUGUCCUUGAGGUCAGUAAAUUCUAAUCUAGGACACUAGACAGAGUAAAAGCAACAUAUUAUAUAUUAUCUCUGUGUAAAAGGAGUUGAACAUUAGGGAAUAAAGCUCACUCUAUUACCCCCGACAAGCUAAGAUCUGAGAGUGAGUGUCUGUUGUAUCUAUGCUGGUGCUCAUUUUGGCAGGUUCUAAUUACUCUGAGUCAUAUUAAUUUUCACCAGCAUGAACAAAUAAGGAAAAAUACUCAACACUACAACACUACUACUAAUGCUUUCAUUAUUGCAAUAGAUGAAGUGAAGCAAAGGCUGGUAGUCACAAUAUAAAACUGCUACCAGCAAUAGUAACCUCAACUCACACAUUGUUACUGGGGAAGUCUGCUGGUCAGAUAGUGUCAACGUACAAAAGUUAUUCAAAAGAAACCAUAUACUGGACAUGAACCAAAGACAAAAUGAGGUAAUAAAUGUCAGUGCUGUGUCACAUUCUAUUAAAUCACAGUUUAUUGGAUAGCACUUUAAUCCGAUGGACCAAUUACUCUGAUUCUGUGUCAUUUCUGACAUGUAUUUGCUUUAGGUGUCCCCGCUGCCCCCAUUGUUGAAUACUGGUGAUUUCAACUGUGGGACUGGUGCCUAUUAGGUACCCUCCACAGGUGUCAGCAAAACUACAAGAAACUACAUCAGAGGGAUCAUGGCUUAAAUAACUAUAACUGGUGUAUUGUUGUGUAAUCGAAUGUGUGAACUGUUAUAUUUUCAGUAUAGUUUGGACUGGAACAACAGGAUCUUUCUUCUACUCUUGUGUAGUGUGUAAAUAUGCAAAUGCAACAGAUAUGACCUCUUAGUAACUGAAGGUCCUGAUCAAGCAGUGAGGAAGGGUCAUGUUGGGACACCCAUACUAAUCUCCCCUUGCCACUACGAUCAGCUCUGCAGUGACAAACAAGAGCAUGUGUCUCAUGGACAGACGGAGGGCGUGGGUCGCCUCCUCAGCCCACAACACUUGAACUCACAUGGACCCGUCAAAGGACUUUCUGCGUAUUUUAGGUUGUUUCAUUUUCUAGCCAUUGUACCCAGGAAAUCACACAUAAAGUCAUAAAGACUUGCUUCAAGAUGUUCAGAUGCCAACAAUUCUCAGCCUAUCACCACUACUAACAAAUAGCUUACAACUGUUUGCACAGCUCCCUCUUGUGUCAUGUGUCUUCAGUGCCACCACAUUAGAGUAGUUCUUGGUAUAGACCUGAAUAGACUUCAAAAAUGGCACACAGUAUUUUUCUAAAAGAAAAAACGUCACACUCACAGCAGCAUAUGUUUUAACAAUGUCAGCUUCUAUGAUUAGCUUGUAUUCUUACUAGUAGCUAGUCUGCUGUAGUUAUUUAACAUCGUACUGGCAUUAUGAUAAAAUAGCUACAAAAUGUGGUGCAUCUCAAUCAUGUAGUUAGGUCAUUUUUGUGUCUUUGGUAGCCUCAUACACUGUGCUGUUUGUUUUUUUUUUUUGUUGUUGUUUUUUUUAUUUUUUUUUUUAUUUUUGGGUCUGAAAAUGUGUUGCCUCUCACUGUUCUUCAAAAAGAAGCAUUUUAAGAAAACCUACAGUAGACCAGUGUCCCUAAAAUGAUUUUAAAUAUUUCUGUCUAAUUAAAUAUAUGGAGACUUUCAAACA